AUGAGAAGGAGACAACUGGGUUACAACAAGAAUGGUGGAAAAGUUGGAAGGAGACAACUGGGUUACAACAAGGACGUAGGAAAGUUGGAAAGAGACAACUGGUUUACAACAAGGACGGUGCGAAAAUUGGAAGGAGACAACUGGGUUACAACAAGGACGGUGCGAAAAUUAGAAGGAGACAACUGGGUUACAACAAGAACGAUGGAAAAGUUGGAAGGAGACAGCUGGGUUACAACAAGGCCGGUGGGAAAGUUGGAAGGAGACAACUGGGUUACAACAAGAACGAUAGAAAAGUUUGAAGGAGACAGCUGGGUUACAACAAGGACAGUGGGAAAGUUGGAAGGAGACAACUGGGUUAUAACAAGGACGGGAAAGUUGGAAGGAGACAACUGGGUUACAACAAGAAUGGUGGGAAAGUUGGAAGGAGACAACUGGGUUACAAGGACGGUGGGAAAGUUGGAAGGAGACAACUGGGUUGCAACAAGAAUGGUGGGAAAGUUGGAAGGAGACAACUGGGUUACAAGGACGGUGGGAAAGUUGGAAGGAGACAACUGGGUUGCAACAAGGAGGGUGGGAAAGUUGGAAGGAGACAACUGGGUUACAACAAGGACGGUGGGAAAGUUGGAAGGAGACAACUGGGUUACAACAAGGAUGGUGGGAAAGUUGGAACGAGACAACUGGGUUACAACAAGAAUGGUGGAAAAGUUGGAAGGAGACAACUGGGUUACAACAAGGAUGGUGGGAAAGUUGGAACGAGACAACUGGGUUACAACAAGAAUGGUGGAAAAGUUGGAACGAGACAACUGGGUUACAACAAGAACGAUGGAAGAGUUGGAAGGAAAAAGAGGCAGAGGGAGACCAAGAGAGGAGAUGCUAUACAGUUUGACAUCAUGGCAUGGAAAAUCAUCAGUGUUAGAACUGACUGAUUGUACAUGA